AAGUGUCUUUACUUAACAAUGAGCAGAGGAGAGGGAGAGGUGCAGGAGAGAGCACAGGGGGCAUAAAAAGUGAAAGAUCUGCUCCAGUCCCACCCUGGACAUUUCAUCAAACUGGUCUCAUCGACUAGGAGUGUUAUUAUUGUUAUUAUUUUGGUUAAACUCAGUUUAUUAAUCAGCUUCACUUGACCAUGGAAAUCGAGAAGGAAGUGAAGAAGAUGACCCUGGGCCAUGAGAUCGGAGCCGGAGCAGCGUGUCUGAAAUGCAAGGACAAGUGUGAGGGCUUUGAGCUUCACUUCUGGAGAAAGAUCUGCCGCAACUGCAAGUGCGGGAUAGAGGAUCACGACGUGCAUCUGCAGACGGAAGAGAACCAGAAGGUGGGGCGGCUUUUCGAAGACACCAAGUACACAGGCCUCAUCGCCAAGCUGAAGAGAGAUGGAGUGCCUUCAUACCAAGGCAACCAGCUCACUGUAACCAUCAGCAUACCUGCUACUGGUACUGCGGUACCUGUUCCAGUGGCUGGUACUGCAGGGACAGUGAGUCCUGCCUAUUCCCAAGGUGUCCCUGGCCACGGGGCCCCUUCUGUCCCUGGCCACGGGGCCCCUUCUGUCCCUGGCCACGGGGCCCCUUCUGUCCCUGGCCACGGGGCCCCUUCUGUCCCUGGCCACGGGGCCCCUUCUGUCCCUGGCCACGGGGCCCCUUCUGUCCCUGGCCACGGCGCCCCUUCUGUCCCUGGCCACGGCGCCCCUUCUGUCCCUGGCAAGGGUACUCCGUCUGCUUCAAGCCAAGGCUUCCCUUCUGUCCCUGGUGCCUCCAUUGCCGCAGGUCAAAGUAUCCCUCCUGCUGCCCCUGUUGCUGCUGCCCUCACUCCCCCUGCCGUGGCAGCCAAAAAGAAUGUGGUCAAAGCUGUCACCUACGAGUGGGCUCCUCCAGGGGUUGACCAGAAGUUGGCUCUGCGUUACAUGGAGCUGCUUCCCCCGGAGCGGCGGCCCAUAGCAGGCACUCAGGGAGCAGAUUAUCGCAAGAAGCAGAUGGCUAAACAGCUGCCAGAGCACGACCAGGACCCGGAGCGCUGCCACGAGCUCUCGCCCACCGAGGUCAAACAAAUGCAGCAUUAUGUGCGCAAGUACAAGGACGAGGCUCUGGGCAUCGGAGACCUGACCCUCCCAGAGGAGAUCGGUUCUCAUGCAGGACCCAUUCAGAGUUCAGGCUCCGGAGCCAAGCCUGGGGCACCCGGUGACCAGGGCACGGCCUCUGUGGGGAAGGUCGGGAUCCCGGGGGCAGUUGGGGCUGCAAGCGGAGCCGGUCCUGCUGGGAACUACGCGUGUCAUCACUGCCAGUGUGUCAUGAACCGUGGCGACCUGGCUGUUUUCGCAGAACGCGCCGGAUACGACAAGCUGUGGCACCCGGGAUGCUUCGUGUGCUGCACCUGCAACGAGCUGCUGGUGGAUAUGAUUUACUUCUGGAAGAAGGGGAAGCUCUACUGCGGCCGUCAUUACGGAGACAGUGAGAAGCCCCGAUGCGCUGGCUGUGACGAGCUCAUCUUCAGUAAUGAGUACACUCAGGCGGAGGGACAGAACUGGCACCUAAAACACUUCUGCUGUUUUGACUGUGACUGUGUUCUGGCUGGAGAAACCUACGUCAUGGAGAACGACAAGCCAGUGUGCCAACCCUGCUACAUGAAGAACCACGCUGUGGCUUGCGUGUCCUGUAAGAAGCCGAUCGAGCCCGAGGCCCAGCGCGUGUCCUUUGGUGAGCACCACUGGCACGCCGAGCCUCAGUGUUUUCAGUGCUUGGGCUGCUCCAAGUGCCUGGUGGGUCAGCGCUUCAUGGCGCUGCAGGGGAAACUGCUCUGCUCCGUCGAGUGCAAGAAGAAAGUCAUGGGAUCUUAGAGAACAUCUCCACAGCUCCACCACCAAGUCCUGAUCUCAUAACCACUCUGUUUAUAACCACUGGUGAUGUUUCAGGUUGUUUUCAGGAACUACUACUACUACUUCUUUUAAACUCUGUUAGCUGAAUAAGAGCUUUCAAGCUGUUCAUGGUUUUGCAUACAGCAGCCUGCAGGUAAGCAGCGAUUAUAGUGAAUGGAAAUCAGCUGAGAGACACAGAUUACCUUUUGGUAUCACACUGAGGCUCCGCCCACAUGCUGUUAAAAACGCGUGUCUCCAUCCUGCUGCUGCUGUGUUCCGACCCGACCCGGUAUUACACCACUUCUACACUCUGUCUGAACAAAUUUUUUACGAUCAAUCACAAAACUGCACUUUAGUUUCAGUUGUUUCCUCCCCCCUGUUCCUGGCUUUGUAAUAAAAUAAAUAACUUGCAAGAGAAA